AUGCAGCAAAUGAUAAAUUUGGACGAGAAGCGCGAGACAGUAACGAUUUCCGCCUUCCCAGAGUACACUUGGGUGGAUCAGCGGCUAAAGUGGGAGCCGAAAAGUUCAACGAGCAGCACCUGGGCUCGGCAACCUGUGUUGCCGAGCCCAGAGCAGCACACAAUCAACAUGCCAGUCGAGAAGAUUUGGCAGCCCUCGAUCAUUCUCUACAGCAAUACUGAUGGCAUUUACGACCCUACUGUCCCAGUCAUGGCCCCUGUAAAAAGCUCAGGCCGAGUUCACUGGAUGCCGCCUGGAAUCUUUCGCACAAAAUGCAAAAUCGACGUGUCUCUCUUCCCCUUUGACUGGCAAAAUUGCUCGAUGGCAUUUCGAACUUACAAUUACGACAAAAACGAGGUCCAGCUCGCGGCAAGAGACACUCAAGAAACGGAUGCUUUUUCUUGA